CGUCGUGGAUUCCCUCAGUUAGUCUGCGACGCUGCCGUGAGAAAUAUGUUAGUUUGGAGACGCAGCCGUGUUUGGUGAACGAACGUCGAGAGGAAAUCCCGCAUUGUCCAUCAUUCGGGCUGUGAAAAAGGUUGCAUCUGGGGUGAGCUGAGGUACCAAAGUUGGCAUUUUGCUUUGGACGUGGAUUCAUGGCAUAGUGACCCUGCACUUUGCUGGAAAGGCGUUUGAAACAACCAUGUGCCAAUCAGAAUCCAGUGCUACGGUUUUGGACUGGUUGGGUGUGAUUCGGUUGGAAAGGUACACUGACGCGUUUCUGAGUGCCGGUUUACAGACAAUGCAAGAAUGUCAGCAACUUACACCAAAUCAACUGGAGCACAUGGGUAUUACCCGACCAGGCCAUCAGAAACGAAUUCUAGCUAGCUUAAACAAAACCCAGAGUACGCAGGAACCUCCAUCGGUUUCACCCGACAGAGAGCAACAAAUGGUCAAUAUGAAUCCCACAUGGAGACCACAGCCUGUUCCAAGAGAAUUAAAACCAGAAAGUGAUGAAGGAGAUGGAGAAACAAAGAGACCUGUUCCUAAGAUACGAGACAAACCCCUUCCUAAGGAAAGACAAUUGUACAAAACGCAAGAGAGCAGUAAGGAACACAGAGAACAAACAGGUCAUGCCCGAAAAAAUGCUGCACCUGGAGAAGGAGAACAAGAAGAAGGCAAUGGAGAACUCGACAAAGAGCAGGUCAAGCCUCAACCGAAAGAAAGGACUAAGUUUCCUGCAAGUUGCCCAGUUGACUCUUGUCCCAACGUCAAUUUACCCCCAGUACCUCCACGAAUUACUCUCAACUCCCCUCCCCAGCGCUUCACGUCUCCUUUGUCCCCCUCCCUGCCGACUCCAGUUCCUGUCUCUCCAGGACUGGACAAAUCCCCUGUAGCACAGCGCAGAUGUUCAGCCCCACUUUUCUCUGUUAAUUCUUCCGAAGUUUUGCCUGAAAACCCCCCUAUCCAGGUUCCUCGAGCCAGGCCUCGGACUUUAGACAUUCAACCUCCUGCUUGUUUGAGGAAUGAUGGAGAUGACAAAGCUUCACCCAUUUCACCCACCACCAUCAGUAACAAAAAUGCUCCACCUCUUCCUCCAAAAGCAGGAGUUGGACCUAAAAGCCCACCCCCGCUACCACAGCGGUUACUUGCAGAGUCCCCUGGAACGCAAAGCUCACCACCCAUAAAAACAGGAACUGAUGAAAUACCCAGAGACCAACCUCCACAAAUCCCACUUCGAAGCAAGACACCCCAAAUACAGGAGAACAACACGCUGCCCCCUCAGGCUGACCCCCAGCCAGCUGUCCCAGCCAGGAGGAUUCCCCAACUUCCCAGCUCGGACUCUGAUGAAAAUACUUCUGAUGAGUACGAGAGGCCAGACUUCAUCCGCAGUGUUCAAAGGAACAUGGCAGGCAAGAGCUCUUCCCAACAAUUGUCUAGCGGCUUUUGCAGCGACGACGAGAUGCUGGAUUAUGACGAUUCUUCUCUCGGGGGAGAUUUGGGCAGUCAUAAAGAAAGUUUCUACUCUGUUAUCACGAGGGAGGACAUCUCCCAGCAAUCCAAUGUCAUCAGGAAGGGCUGGCUGAGCAAGAAUCCACCACAGGGGGCUCUUUACUACCAGAGGCGAUGGGUUAGGCUGGACUCUGAUUAUCUAAGAUACUUUGACCUUGAAAAGGCUGUGUAUUCCAAGGGAAUAAUCUCAACUGCGUUUAUCACUAAAGUGACUGCGGUGGGGGACCUGAAGUUUGAGGUUGUCACGAGCAAUCGAACAUUCAUCUUUAAAGCUGAAAACGAAGAUGAUAGAAAUGAGUGGGUGACUGCACUGGAGGAGUGCACUAGGGGGCGCCGUCGCAGCAGUCUGACAAGCCCCCUCUUGUCAGACCACAAGGGGUAUCUGGAACUCAGAGGAAUACGCUCCAAACUUUACACUGUUGUUUCCUCAGACAAAGUCUUCCUCUACAAAAAUAUUGAUGAUUAUGUAAUUGGAGUUGGUAUCACAUCCAUUGAAAUGAACGUCGGAAGUGUUAAAGAAACAGAUCGCCGCAGCUUCGAUCUCAUCACACCCUAUCGUGUUUUCAGCUUCACAGCAGAGACAGAGCAGCUGAAAGAUCAGUGGGUGGACGCCAUGAAGAAUGCCAUAGGCGAGGCCCUGUCCACCAGUGAAAUAGCUGAGCAAAUCUGGGAGGAGCCAAGCAACAGUUUCUGUGCUGACUGCGCGGCGCCGAAGCCAGAAUGGGCUUCCAUCAAUUUAUGUGUCGUCAUCUGCAAACAAUGUGCAGGAGAACACCGAGGACUUGGUCCAAGUAUUUCCAAAGUUCGGAGUUUGAAGAUGGACAAGAAGGUGUGGACAGAAGAGCUCAUUAAGGUGUUCCUGUUCCUGGGCAACGAGCAGGUGAACAGUUUCUGGGCAGCUAACGUCCCACCAAGUGAAGCUCUGACACCCUCUAGCUGCAGCGAAGACAGACGGCGAUACAUCUCUAACAAAUACCGCCAGGGCAAAUAUAGGAAGUACCACCCCCUCUAUGGCAACCAGAAAGAACUCAACGAUGCUCUCUGUAUAAACGUGCAGUGCAGUGACUUGCUGGAGACGCUAAGUCUGAUCUUCUGCGGCGCAGAUGUGAACUGCUCGACAGGCAUGGCAAGCUGCCCCACCCCCCUGUCCCUGGCCACUACACACUCGCAACUCUUACAGGCGGAGCUGAUCAACCUGAACCUCAACACAGAAUUACCAUCAGAAAUUAUUCAGGAGAUGGAUCCACCUCAUUACCAGCCAUCUCCGUGUGUGUCCCACAAUGGCUUCCUGUUCAAAAUUGCCUCCAUGGCCCGGCCCAUCACAGAACGCAAGAACAAAGAAGAGUUCAGUCGCCGCUGGUGCACACUAAACGAUGGGACCUUCAGCUACUAUGACAGUGACAAAAAUGCAAACCCGAACAGAUCUCUUAAGAUGUCAGAGAUCGUCUGUCUGGUCGUGGAUUUGCCAGAAAAGCACGGGUACGACUACACGUUUGAACUCUACUCAGAGUCUGAGAGGCUCUACUUGUUUGGCACCACCGACCCAGACAGUCACAAGGAGUGGGUCAAAUCUAUUGCCAAGAGCUUAAUCCCGGCUGCAGCUGAGCCGCUGCUGAGACUGAACUUCGAGCGCAUUGGAAAACUUAAGUAUAAAGACGGCUUGAACCUGCAAACAUCCAAGGUCGGCUGGUUUGCGCUUGUGGGCUCCACACUUCACGUUUACCUGGAGAGCAGCAAAGGAGAGAAGAUCCAUCUCCGGAAGCUGAAUGAACUUUCCAUUCAACAAGACAAUGAAGUUUUGGUUCUGGUGGAGAAAGGCAGGACUUUGUACAUUGAAGGAGAAAGGAAGUUGGACUUUGCUGGCUGGUGUGGAGCCAUCCAGGAAGCAGCAAGGAGUGGAGGAGACACGCUGAGCGAGCAGCAGCUCACAGAGACGGACGUUCCUGUCAUAGUUCUGAGCUGCAUCAGCUUCAUCACACAGUACGGUCUGAAAUCAGAGGGCAUUUAUCGUAAGAGUGGUGUGAACUCUCGCGUGGCGGCAUUAUGCGAGCGAUUCCACAGAGACGCUCGCAGCCUGUGCCUGAAGGAGGGUGAGCACCAGGUGGACGACGUCUCCAACACCCUCAAACGUUUCUUCAGGGAACUGGAAGACGGGCUGUUCACCUCAGAACACGCCAGAGACUGGCUCACAGUAGCUGCCGGUGAUCUUGAAAACUCAAAAAUCUCUCAGUACAAGGACCUGUUGAACCGCCUUCCUCGUGUCAACAGGGCAACACUACAAGCUCUUAUCAACCACCUGUACUGUGUGCAGUGUUUUUCUGACCUGAACCAGAUGAACCUCCACAAUCUGGCCAUAGUGUUUGGUCCCACUCUGUUCCAGACUGAUGGGAAAGACUACACUGCUGGGCGCGCCAUUGAGGACCUUAUACAGCACUACAUACUCAUCUUUGAGGUUGAUGAGCAGCAGCUAAAAAGACAGCUGGAGGAGAUCAAAGCCAUCCUGCAGAUGCACGAGAAACUCAACACAAAGUUUCCUCCACGACCGGAAUUUACUCCAGCUCCCAGCUUCAUCUGUACUGUGUAUCUUGAAGAAAAAGAUGGGACAAUAGAGCAGAGUGUGCAGAUUCCUGGUUCUAUGACGGCAGCAGAGCUGACAUGUGAAGUUUUGGACAAGCGUAACAUCCCUUUUAAAGACAAGGAAUACUGGAGCUGCUGGGAAGUCUGCGACAAGGAGGAAAUGGAACGUCCUCUUCAUUAUCAGGAACGGGUCUUGGCGAUUCUUCAUUCUUUAGGGACCAAUUCCCAUUUACUCAUUAAGAAGCAUCCCGGCAUGGACGGAAUGCUCAUCUACUUGUCCACUAAGUCGGAUGCCUCCAAACACGGGAUGAUGAAAUUCAGAGAAGAGCGAAGCAUCCUGGGAUUGGGACUGUCUUCCGGAAAUUUCCACGACCGAUAUUUUAUCCUAAGUUCGAGCAACCUCAGAAUGUACAGAGAAAUUAGAAGUAACCGCCCAGACCGGGAAUGGCCCACGAAAAACUUGAAGGUUUAUAAUGGAAUCAAAAAGAAACUUCGCGCUCCCACAUGUUGGGGUCUGACUGUUGUGUAUGAGACCAAGAAGCAGGAAAAGUCUGAGAGGCAGCAGUGGUAUCUCUGCUGUGACACCCAAUCAGAAAUGAAGGAAUGGCUCGCCACGUUCCUCAGCUUCCAGUAUGAUGGUAACGUGUGGCCUCAGGACGGACUCCAGCAGACCCGGGUUAGCCGCGUGCUGCCGGACGCACGUCAUGGUAACGUGUCACUGAUUCCGCUGCGUGGCAGUGAGAAUGAGAUGCGGAACAGCGUAGCAUCUUUCAGCCAAGACGCGCUUUCUCUCCUUAGAGACGUGCAGUGAUGCUCGCCAUGGUGUAUGCUAGCAGAGUGGAAGGCGGGACACUCCAGGUGACCUCCAAAUAUUCCAGAAACUUUCUAGUUCUGUGAUUGUAGCGACCAGAUUGAAGGAUGUUUUUCAGAACAGCAACACCAGCAGACUCUGACCUUAGACUUCAAUGUGGACCGGGACGAAAUCUGGAUCUUACACAUGCAAAAAAAAUGCAAAAUGUUCUCCGAUUUCCACGCAGAGCUGAGGAAGAGAUGACAGGAACCGAAGCGGAGAUGGACCACAAACUCCCUCACUUCCACUGCUCCUUCCUACUUAUUGUGCAACAAGUUUGCAUCUUAAAUCCCAUAGUUUCCACUCUUAAUGAAACCAUGAAGUGCAUUUAUUCCAGAACAGACUGUUGUAGUUUUAGGCACAAAGCCGGCGUGCUUAAGUUAUUAUUUUAACAUCGCAUAUGUUUUUGUAGCUAAAUGGUUUUUUUAUUUUGCCUAAUGAAUCAGUGACAUUAUGCAGAAACUUAGCCUUGAACACUUUUUAAAAUUCGAGUCAUUCCGGGACACAGUCUCCUGAUUUUGAUGUGGACUCUAACAUUGGUGGACCAGCAUCUGUUACCCUACAUUUGUCGUUUUUGUGUGGUCGUGUUACAUGUAUGUGCUUGUGUCUGAUGUAUGCGCGAGAUUCUAACGUCUGGGAAGACCUGGCUGCUGUGGUGAAACUGAAGGACCCCCCUAUAAUCCCAAAACGAGGAGAACAAGAACGUCGCACCUGAGAGCAAAACGUUUGGCUAAAAAAAAAAAUGAAACAUGAAAGUUACUUGAUGCAUUACAGUUAAGCUAUCUGAACCUUUAAAAGGUUAGAUGUUAAACUACAUUUACAUGUUUGAUGGUCAUAAUGUGUGAAAUAAAGUCCAACAAGUGAUUUUUUUUUUUUAGAGACUUUUGUUUCCUUCAAAGAUUUUUGAGCUUAAGAAACAAAUGGAUUAAAACAACUGUAUUGUUCUGUUUACUGAAUCUCAUCUUGUAAAUAUUUAAUUUAAAAAAUAAACUGUCAAUAGUAAGGAGCUC